AAUGUAACCGCCGCAGCGGUCGGGUGUGUUCGGUGGCGCGCCGCGCAGUGACAGCCAGAUAACGAUGAAUUCAUAACUUUCAAAAACUUUGUGCUAAGCAGUGCUCCCUUUAUCACAACAAUUACAAUAAACUGUGAAGUGUUCUUACAUAUUUACCCAUAUACAAUAUAGUUUCGUUAUUUAUAACUGAUCCAGCGACUUGAAAUGCAUGCAUUCCACCGAGACUGUUGAACUUUUAUUUUUUUUUCGUUCGGUGUACAUUUUGAUUCUUAUCAAGUAUUUUUUUGUAAGUCAUCCACCGUGAACUAUGGUUAUUAACGUAUAAAGACAUUAUAUAGUAAAAAUUAUAUAUUUAUAGUGUUAAGUGUUGAUUAGACUGUGUUAUCAGAGUUGGUAAUAAAGCAGAUUAGGAAUUGCCGAAAUAUUCAAGGCUAACAGUCAUCGAAAAUUCCGUCCGCAUAUUGACAACGGAAAGACCUUGAUAGUCCGCAGCUGACUUUGAACGCACGACACCGCUGUCACUUGCGCAAGCGGCUCACCUCCGACCCGAUACGAAAGUCGAGCCUGACUGAGAACCCACGAGGACGGUGGCACCCGCACCCGUGUGAUGUGCCGGCAACAUCACAUUGCUGUGCAGGUAGACGUCACCUGAUUCCCCACCACUCCUGGAUGAGGCGGAACCAUGAAGUUCUCAACUGGCUCCAGCUCGAGCAGUCUUGCCAGCGACUCGCUGUCGAGGAAGUCAACUCUAUGCAUCUACACAGAAGUCGAUGCACCCGCUAUGCCGCCGCCUUGCGAAAGGAUGGAUAGCAGCUCCGAGGCGAUGGAGUUGAGGCGGGAGCUGGACGCGGUCCGCAACGCGCUGCAGCAGCAGUCCGAGUCCGUCCUCAAGCAGAGGCACCAGCUGGUGGAAGCAGGCAACGCCCUCGCCGCCAGGGACAAGAAGGCGGCACAGGAGAGGCGCCUCAGACAAGACCAACUAGCAUUAGUACUACGGUCGUUAGUACUCCUAGAAUCCCGCCUAACCAGAGAACAGAAACAGAUACACGUUGCACUCCACCAAAAAGAGAAGAUCAUCAAAACACAACAAGAAGAAAUAGCUAAACUGAAAGCCCGAAAAUCGUACUGCAGCAACUGCCAACAGUUACUCGGGUUUACCAGUGAACAGACCAACAUUGAAACAGAUCCUGAAUUUCAGAGCUUAGAAAGCACAGAUUCACGAUUCCAAAACACAUUUGUUAGGAGCUGUAGUUAUCGUGAAAGAAAUUCUCCACCGGUAUUCCAAAAAAAUACUAGGUUAAGUAAGAGCUUUCAGUAUCAGCUGCCGAAGAGUGAGAUCGUCUACAACAACACGAGUUCCAGCGAAGAAGGGAACACUGCCAGUAUUGGCAGCAAGGGUACUUUUAUCAAAAAUAAACAAGCCUUCGUAAGAAGAGACGUCUUCAGAAGGUCGAGGAAAUACUCGGGAAGGAAAAACAACAGCAAGUAUGUUGACAACAUACAGAAAGGUUACAAUAACCAAGCAAACAACAGCAGUAGUGCUGAAGAGUGUAUUGGUAUGAGCUACCAAGUUAACCACGAUGAUGAAAUUACUGCGAGUCAAAUCGCGAAUGAUAUCAGAAGAGCGUCUAUGAAAAUUGACCAGCUUAUUGGAGAAGCUGCUAAAAAGGAACAAGAAACCACUGCCAGCGAUUCCGAGAAAACUUACUCCACAAAAAUGGAGAGAUUACAUGGAAUCAAAAGGCAGGGGUCAGAUGAAAUUAAAGCUAACAGACAACUUUUCCUGAAUAACGUUCUUACCGAAGAGGGCAACGAGAAGCCGUGGUAUUGUAAUGUUAGUGAUCCUGAACAAGAAGGAGAUUGUUUGGAUCAAAGACCACUAACCAAUAAAUCAAAAUCAACCGACGAUCUGCUAGAGGUUGGUUAUGGUAGCGAUGCUGUAGUGGUGGCUGCUAAAAACGAAGUAUUAUGUAAUAACGUUCUCAACAAUAAUGAGAGAUUCAGUUCAAGGUUUGAUGAUAAGAACAACAACAUAGAAUCAACAAACAAACAAGCACCUCAAGCUGAAACUAAUGAGAACUGGUAUGCCAGCACUAGCGAUGCCGAUGAGAACCCAACUAAUGAAAUUUACAAAAACAAUCCGGUACUGGAGUGUGUUAACCAGAUUUUGCUUCAAAACUCCUUAGAUGAUAGCAGCAAUGACAAUUCAAAGUCUAGUGAAGCUCCAAGCCCUAAAUCUUCUACCAAGCGCGUGCAGUUCUCCACGCUUAACAGCAUCUCCUAUGAUGAAAAAGUAAGAUCAAAUAACAUCAGCAACACACUGCCUAGAUCAGAUAAAAGAGCCAACAAAAUCGUUAAGUUCAGCUUAGAAACAGCAUCUGAGCACAGCUAUGAAGUGCCGAACACAGCACAAGGCUUUCAAUAUGAGAUUCAAAGCUUGUACAGUAAUGAAUACGAGCCAAUCAUUACAAAAGGCAAUGAUUCUAAACCUGCGCCAGUUCCACGUCCUAUACAAACAAACGAUAAACCAGCGGUCCCUAAAAUUAGAGGCUCUAUAGUUAAAAACAUGGCCGCUAACUUAGAAAAUCGCAACGUCAACAAUGUCGUUGAAAGAAAGAUUGAUAAUGAUCUUGGGUCUAUGAAGAUAUUCAAUAAGAGAAAAGUGCCAAGAACUCCUCCCGCCCUGCCACCGAAGCCAAAGAACCUUUCGGCUAAAUGGAAAGCUGAAAAUAUUGUCAAGCAAAUGACAGAGCAGUUAGACUCUGAAGCCGUUGCGGCUAACCAACGGGUUGCAGAUGUUAAGACGAGAAAAGUGGGACAAGUAGCAACUGUCAAUAAUAUAGAGCCUGACUACUGCUCCAUUUCAGAGAUAAAUGUUCCAGUAGUCAGCAAUGGCAAGAGGGAGUUGCUACUCACACAGCCAACGGUCGAGAUACACAACGAGCAGUACCCGGUGCACGCCGUCAGCAGUCCGAGAAACAGCGUCGCUAAGGUGGUAUCUUUGCCAAGGAUCCAGAACAAGAUCAGUGACAAAGACAUUCCUAAACUUCCUCACGUCACUGAGAUCAUCAUCCCGGACGAAGAUGAAAAGUCGAGCGAUGAACAAAGCCGCUCCUUCCAGCAAACUAGUGACAGUUACUUGACUAACUUUACUAUGCAUCCUCUGCAACCAAAAUUGGACCCUCGCGCUUCUAUUCAAAUGGGCAACACGGUGUCUUCUAUUUUGUCAGAAAUUAACAAAGGUGGCAAGGGAGGCAAUAAGCAGAUUAAUUUGACAGAACUGGACAAUCAGUUCAAUCAUGGACCUGAGAAAAAUCAAUCUAACAAUCCAGAAAUGCAUAAAGCUGAAUAUUUCGAAGACAUAGACAAAUUCGACUUAUCACAGAACUUCGAAGAAUUUAAGAUAGACGAUGAACUCGGCAGCAUAGUUGCAGAGGAAUACCGCAUCAGCUCCGGCAGCAGUGACGGUUCCAUGUCUGAUGUUGUAACCGAAAAUCUUACCAAUGUACCUGAUAAAGAUAAAAAGCAUAAUAAUACUAACAAGGAUGACAAUGAAAAUGCCGAUAAUUUUCUUGAAAAUAACGAGAGUACCCUGAACAAGGGCCUGUCGAAAAACGCUAAGCUGUCUAAUAAGCCUGAUCUCCUUUCAAAUAUAGAGAAUUUAGAGACUGAAUCAGUGAGGAACUCGGAUAUCGAGUCCAGCAACUCGUCGGGGAGCAAUAGCGGCUCUUACAACACGGUGAAGUGCGAGCCACGGAUGGUGCUGAACAACAACCCUGAGAUCAAUGCUCCCAAAACGAAAGGAACCUUUGACUUCUUCUUAGAGACGUCUGGUCUUAGUUCUAAGUCUAUCUUCACUCCUAGCAAGCACUACCUGGGCCUGAGGCCGCCUAGUGCCAAUCACAAGAGUGUGUUGAAGCCUAGGGACAUCAAGAUGCGUGUUAAGAAUUCUAUUACAACGAACAAAAUCAACGAAAAACCUAUGACGACUGCUAUUAAAUAUUUCGAGCCCUAUGUGUAAACUAAUUGCUAGUUAAUUGUGUAUUUUAUCUUUAAUGAAAUGCUUAAAACUAUUUAUUGUAAAAAACGAACUUGCCGGCGUAAUACUAUGUACUAAUGUAUUUAUGUUAAUGUAAAUAUAAUAAUAAUUAUACCUAGUUAUUUUUCAAAUAUAAAAUAUUUAACAAUUA